AUGACAUCCACCUGCGCCAACAACACACGUGAAAACAACAGCAGCCAAGCGUGCAUGCCCCUUUCCAAGAUGCCUAUUAGCCUGGCUCACGGUAUCAUCCGCUCCACUGUACUGCUCAUCUUCUUCAGUGCGUCCUUUGUAGCCAACAUCAUCCUGGCAUAUGUGCUGCAUCGCAAGCCCCAGUUGCUGCAAGUGACCAACCGCUUCAUCUUUAACCUCCUCGUCACUGACCUGCUGCAGAUUUCUCUUGUGGCCCCCUGGGUGGUGGCCACCUCCAUGCCUCUCUUCUGGCCUCUCAACAGCCACUUCUGCACUGCCCUGGUUAGCCUCACCCACCUCUUUGCGUUUGCUAGUGUCAAUACCAUUGUGGUGGUGUCAGUAGAUCGUUACCUGUCCAUCAUCCACCCUCUUUCCUACCCAUCCAAGAUGACCCACAGCCGUGGUUACAUGCUCCUUUAUGGCACCUGGAUUAUGGCCAUCUUGCAGAGCACCCCUCCCCUGUAUGGCUGGGGCCAGGCUGGUUUUGAUGAGCGAAAUGCCUUCUGCUCCAUGAUCUGGGGAACCAGCCCAACCUACACCAUUCUCAGUGUAGUGUCCUUCCUCGUCAUUCCACUGACUGUCAUGAUUGCCUGCUACUCUGUGGUGUUCGGUGCAGCCCGGCGGCAGCAUGCUCUGCUGUACAAUGCCAAGAGCCACAAUUUGGAGGUGAGGGUCAAAGACUGUGUGAAGAAUGAGAAUGAACAGGCAGUAAUGAAGAGGGAUGAAUGCCAGGAUGAGAAUGAGCUGCACUACCAAGAUGAAGGUGAGGCCAGGACCAAAGAGAGCAAUAUGAAGGUAGAAGAGGUCCCCAUGGAAGCCAAGGAUGGCAGCAUGAAGGUCAAGGUCAGCAAGGGUAUUUUGGAGGCCACGGGCAGUGAGAAGGUCAGUAAUGACAGCAUGGAGGGUAAGGAAGUCGGCAUUGAAGUUCGAGAGAGCAGCAUGAAGGCAGACAGGAGCCGCUUAGAGGUCAAUCAGUGCAACAUUGAUGUGGGUGAAGAUGACAUUGAGUUUGGUAUGGAUGAGAUCCAGUUCAAUGAGGAUGACAUCGAGGCAGUGAACAUCCCAGCAAGCCUGCCACCCAGUCGUCGAAACAGUAACAGCAAUCCUCCUUUGCCCAGGUGCUAUGAGUGCAAAGCUGCUAGAGUGAUCUUCCUCAUCAUUUUCUCCUAUGUGCUGUCUCUGGGGCCCUACUGCUUUCUAGCAGUACUGGCCCUCUGGGUGGAUGUCCAAACGAAGGUACCCCAGUGGGUGAUCACCAUAAUAAUCUGGCUUUUCUUCCUGCAGUGCUGCAUACACCCCUAUAUCUAUGGUUACAUGCACAAGACCAUCAAGAAGGAAGUCCAGGAUAUAGUGAGGAAGUUAUUCUGCAAGGAAAAGCCCCCAGAAGAAGACAGCCACCCUGACCUGCCUGGAACCGAAGCUGGCACAGACGGUGGGAUUGAAGGCAAGAUUAUCCCCUCCCAUGAAUCAGCUAUUUCACCCUAAAGUUAGUCCUAAGACAAACCUUGAAUUGUCCACAAGACAAAAAACAAGAGCAGCUUUCUUUUCAGUGCACCACCCACAAUCUCAUUAAUGCCAACCCAUACCAUUUCAGGCAAAGGUGUUGCACAUGCAUCUUU